CCUUAUAAAUUCAGGUGUUGAUAUUUUCUUGAGUAGAAGCUCUUUAGCGAAUUAUUUCAAUAUAACUUUCGUAUGGUAGUGUGUGAAACACAGUUAAUUAUUGAAACGAAUUAUAUUUGUAUAGUUUGUUGCUAGACUUAUUUUUUCUCCUUUGAAAUCCACGUGUCUCACAACAGAACAAUCUUUGGUCUCAUUGUGCAGUAGGACAUGGAUAGGAACAACAUUUCCUUGCUCUGCUAUGUUGCAACGUGUACACCCGGGGCUUCGUCAUUACGUGGCUUCGUUAUUCUGUUGCAAAACGUUUCUUAAACAGAAUGAAACGAGGCGGGACCAACCUUAAUUUGUCCAAUAGAAACUCUCGUUUUAGUUGCUAAACGUUCUGCAACUGUUUGGACUAAUGAUUACACCCCAUGCUAGGUAGCUAGCAGUGAGCAGCAAUGUUGCUCUGUUAUUAGCCAGCGUCAAGCCAAAGCUUUGCCAAUGUAAUAAGAACAUUGGCACGGCAUUUCACGUUCAGUAACCAAAGACGUAAUGUGAUAUUUCGAGGAAGAAUAUGACAAGAACAUCAGUUGGACAUCAAAAUAAUCCGACUGAAAAAGGAGAGAGCCAGGAAUAAUGGCCAAGUUCGGUUGUAGAAUCAAGACGACAUUCUCUGUUUCAUGAGGAGCUACUGUAAAAUCUGGGGAAUAGCAUAACUGGGAUUUUUCUGUGAAAUCUUGAAGCUGUUGUCAUUUGCAACCUCGAAAAUGAUGUAUUCAUCAAGAAGGAAACCAGUCCUCUAUUUCAAAGAAGACAGAAGAUUCUGGUCUGGGAAAUGCACAGUCUACAAACUAUUUGGUCUGUGUAUGGUGCUGGUACUGGUCUCCCUCCUAUGGCUCCAACUCAGCUGUACAGGAGACAUGAGCCGGGUUGCAGUGGAUGACGGACGCAUCCCCCAUCAGCCUUGUCCGCUGGAGAGACAGGCAUCCGCUGCGGACGACCCUUCCUGGGGUCCUCACAAGCUGGCCCUCCUGAUACCUUUCAGGGAGAGGUUUGAGGAGCUGUUGGUGUUUGUCCCCUUCAUGCACACCUUCUUGAACAACAAGAAAAUACUGCAUAAGAUCUUCGUAAUUAACCAGAUGGAUCACUAUCGGUUCAACAGAGCCUCUCUUAUUAAUGUUGGUUACACGGAGAGUGGUAACGACACUGAUUACAUCGCCAUGCAUGAUGUGGACUUGUUACCUCUGAAUGAAGCUCUGGACUAUGGUUUCCCAGAGGAGGGCCCUUUCCACGUGGCCUCACCAGAGCUGCACCCCCUGUAUCACUACAAGACAUACGUGGGAGGAAUCCUGCUGCUCACCAAACAACAUUAUCACAUGGGUGCUGGUGUGCUGUUUUUAGCUGUGUCAUGUUCUGUGUUCCUGAAGUGCAACGGCAUGUCCAACCGUUUCUGGGGAUGGGGGAGAGAAGACGAUGAAUUCUAUAGGAGACUAAGAACUGCUGGAUUACAGCUCUUCAGGCCCAGUGAGAUAAAAACAGGGUAUAAAACCUUUCGUCACAUCCAUGACCCUGCCUGGAGGAAGAGAGACCAGAAGAGAGUGGCUGCACAGAAACAGAAGGAACAAUUCAAGGUUGACCCUGAGGGCGGGCUGACUAACUUGCAGUACAAGGUGGAGUCGAGACAGGAGCUGACUAUUAGUGGAGCCCCUGUCACUGUCCUCAACAUCAAACUGGAGUGUGACACGGACAAGACUCCCUGGUGUCUGCUGAACUAAGAGGACCCCAAUGAUAGACCCAUGCUGCCUCUCAUUUGGGUUAUGUUUAUUAUCCACCAAACGGAAUAAAACCGACUAAAACAGGGAGGGACUACCUGAGCUUCUCCAAUGAGAAACACUUGUUUUUUUGUGUGCCCUAAUGAAUAUGACCCUGGUGCUACAGAGGGGUGAUGUUUCCCCUACUUGAUGUGUCUGGAAGACAUGGAUAAAAUAUAAAAUGUAGAUUGUUAUUUAAUUUUUUUCUCAAACAACCGCAUCAGAAGACAUGGGUGCCAUCUUCUGGCCGACCCAGAGAAGAGGCUUUGGCCUUUGACCCCAGCAACGCCUUCCCUCAUUGGAGAGAUGGAAUGUAUUUAUAUUGAACUAGCUAUAUGAUGUCAUCCUUUAGAACUGUAUGUCUAACUUUCAUUCAGAACUGUGAGUGAUUGGAUCUGUGAGGGAUUGGAUCUGUGAGUGACUGGAUCUGUGAGUGACUGGAUCUGUGAGGGACUGGAUCUGUGAGGGACUGGAUCUCAUGCAGGCCUAACUUCAGGGGCUUUGAACUACAGACACUUUGCCAAUAUUUACGAUACAUGAAAGGAAAGGUGUACUGAAAUAAUAAGCAAUAGCCUUUGUAUCUGGUUUGUUUGUUUGUUUAUUUAUUUAUAUUUACCCUUAUUUUACCGGGUAAGUUGACUGAGAACACAUUCUCAUUUACAGCAAUGACCUGGGGAAUAGUUACAGGAGAGAGGAGGGGGGAUGAAUGAGCCAAUAGUAAGCUGGGGGUGAUUAGGUGACAGUGAUGGUAUGAGGGACAGAUUGGGAAUUUAGUCAGGACACCAGUGUUAACACCCCUACUCUUACGAUAAGUGCCAUGGGAUAUUUAGUGACCACAGAGAGUCAGGACACCCGUUUAAGAUCCCAUCUGAAAGAAGGCACCCUACACAGGGCAAUGUCCCCAAUCACUGCCCUGGGGCAUUGUGAUAUUUUUUUAGACCAGAGGAAAGAGUACCUUCUACUGGACCUCCAACACCAAUUCCAGCAGCAUCUGGGCUGGACCAACACUGCUUAGCUUCAGAGGCCAGCCAGCAGUGGGAUGUAGGGAUGGUUUGCUGCUGGGUUUGAUCCCGAUGGACCAUUUGCACUUUUCAGGAAUCCUUCCUCUGUCCUGAAGUCUGCUAUACUGUCUGGCUUAAUAUAUUAUCAUCAGAGUUAGUUUACUAUGAAAGGGAUUUCUUUCUGACAUUGUAAUGCACCGGAUUGGCAUGCCAUUUCCAUGAUCCGUAGCGCUGUAUUCUCAUCCGGUAUCCAUUGUAACCCAUCAUGUGUUCAACUGGUAGUGAAUUGAAUGUCAGGGUGCUGUUUUGAGUUUGUUGGUGAUGGUGAAACACUUAAGGUUUACAGCCGUGCUUUAGAAGGUUAUCGGAGACCGACUAGACAUUAUGAAGGUACUUCGGGGUAAAUUAAGGUCUGUUUACAACAGUUUGACCAUAUACCAUACUGCUGUAAUGUAUUUUUGAAUGACUCGACAAGUCAAUGGUACCGUAAAUGUAUUUGUACAAUAUUCAGUAUGUAUAUGAAGUUAUGACUCAAAAACAUGGGAAAAGCAUGCAUUGUCUUUUUUCUCAUUUAUAAAGGUCUUCAUUGUACAUAAUAUGAUUAACACAUCUGUAUUGUAUUUUCAAUACUUAACAUCUAUUUGA